ACAACUCUGCACGAGAGAGAAAAUCCUCAAAAGUUUAUCGCUUACUUUUGUUUCCUUUUUGUAUAAACAAGCAUGGCGGCUGUAGGACAGGAAGCGAUUGAAAAAUAAACAUGGUUUUUACCUUAUUAUUCGGGCAAUCUUGGAGGUAAAUAUGCAAAAAUGAGUGCCGAUGAUGCAGCACUCCAGUUUCCUCUGCACUUAAGCACAGAGGAUGAGGAGUUUGUAAUCGAAAAAGACGGUGAUGAUGUCACGAGUCCAUCAGCACCGCAGUUUGAUGAUCAAGGAUUUUUAACCAGUGAGGAUCAACUAGGAGGUGUACGUUUGAAGAGGCGUCGUCGCUGUGGACAGUGUGGACCAUGUCAGGUCAAGGAAAACUGCAACAAGUGUCACUACUGUGUUCGCAAGGAUGUUCUAAAACAGACCUGUGUGUAUCGAAAAUGUGUAUACCUCAGAUCAAAGCCCAAGCCUUAUUCCAGGCAGCCAAAGGAGGUCAUUCCUCUUAACCAGAGACCUCUGAUAAAUUCCCCACCCUCUGACACUCCCCGCCCCACCUCUCAGCAGGUCACCACCCCGUUAUUCCCCGACAACAAUGGACUUGCAAAAACGCUGAUGCCAAAUAACACAGUAUCUUCACCUCCAUUGCCUUUUCCAUUCGGUUUGCCACCAGUACCUACACAAACUGAAUCAAAAUUCAAACCACCUUCAACGGUGGCUCCAGAUAUUUUCAGCAAUACAAAUGAGCUAAAGAGUCCAAAUUCAAUUUCUUCUUUACCAGGGCCUAUGAACAACCAUCAGUCAUCACUACUACCAAGUCUCACCAAUAAUUCAAUUUGUGCACCAUUGUCAGAUUUCAGCAGCUCUUCAUUUCCACGACCCCCACUUCAUGUUCCUUUGCCUCACUCCAUUAGAGAAUCUCCUUCACUUAUGCAUUAUCCAGGUUACGUCAGACCUAUGGUCAAUGAACCGCGUCCAGAAGUGCAGUCACCGUGUAUGUACUCACCCCCAUCCCUUCGUCCACCCCUUCCUAGUUCCGUGUCACCAAUGAAUAUGUCAUUUGAUCGUAAUCCAGUGGGAUAUUUGGACAGACCUCCAAAUGGACCUACUUACUUUCCCAACAGCUCAGACUUGUACAGACCGUUUACAUCGAUACCUUCAGCGACACCAGGUUAUCCAUAUUCUACACAGUCCAGAUUCUCUCAUACCCCAGCUGCAUAUCCCAGUGCUCCUUCCUUACCAGGGUACUCAGGUCUUGGAAUGCACCCACCUUUACAUCCGUCUGCUAUGCCGGGCAAUGGGCCACAUUAUGGAGCAUUUCAGACACCUUCCUUUCCCUCCAACCAGUCUAUCGGGUGUCCAAAAAACGGGCAGUGCCCUCCUGCAUCCCAGAUUUUGGAUACCCAACUGAUGCAGGAGAGGUAUGGGUCUACCCCCAAUUCCAAGGACAAUGUCAGUUCUAAGAGUGAUGAAAAGACCAAGGAUUCUCACAAAAAUCAGAAGGCUGAUGAAAUGGAAUUGGCUGAACGCACAAGAAACAUUUUUAAUCUGGCCGACCGGAGAAGACAAAAUGUAUCGUCUUCAGACUACUGGGACUUUUUGUCUAGGAAAGACAGACAUAAAAUUGCUCUUCCAGCAGCACCAGGUUACUGUGCUAAUAUGCCGUGGGACAUGUUCAAUAUUUACAACUGGAGCAGACGGCCAGCCUCAGUUCUGAGUGACGAUGCAAGUCAUGCAAGUGCAACUUCAUCCGAGUUUGAAUGUGACAUAAUAGGUAUUGAUGAUUUACAAAUCAAUGCCAUGAUUCGCUCCGACGGAUGUAACAGCAUUGAGAUUGAGUUUGACGGCCGAGCAUCAGAAACCUCGGGACUUAGCGGUAAAGCAGGGGACCAAGGAUCUAGUCAGGAAAGCGAGCACCGAGCCGAGUGCUUGACACCUGUCAAAAAGAAAAAGGUGUUCAUUGAGGGCUCGGUCCAUCUGAGACAAGAUCUGGGGGAGGAAGGAAUCAUCCAGCUAGAACUCCCAGGCAAUAAAGUGACUAUAGAAGAGUCCUAUCUCGAUGAUGAAUUGGCAUCUUAUUCAUGUGACAUAGAUGGUUUACUCGAGUUUAUUAGAAAAGAGCCAGAUUUAGAAUAUUUAAACUGAAUAUAUUUAGAAUUCAUUUGUUCUCUCAUCAAACAGUAAAUUAUGCUGCUGAAAUCUGAGUAACCUGGAAAUUCAAACCGACAAAUUUUUAAAAGACAUAUUUUUCUACCUUUGUUGUACUUGAAAAAUGCUUUAUUUUUGCAUUGUACAUUUUUUUCAUUUGUAACUUUUUUCCAUGGUUAUUUCAUCUUAUUAUUUGUAUAUUUCUUGAAAAAGCAAGACAAAGUAAAUUUGACAAAAGUGUGAUGCAUUAUUGUUUGCUUUUGUUUUUAUCCUGCUUUUAAAGAUAUAAAUUACCAGUACAGAUUGUAAGAGAUUUUUAUUAUUUAUUUUUUGCUUGUUCAGAAAUUUAAUAAUUGAAAAUUGUUUUGUUUAUAAAACACAUUGUAUUUGUUUAAUUGAGACUUUCUAUAGACAUGGAUAUUUGAAUGCUAUUAAAUCAGGACAUCUAUGCAUGUAGGUGUCCUAGUACAAGUCUAUGUACUGUUCUUGCAUAGGAUUGUUUUUCUCAGUUCGUGAUUGUUUUUAUUAUGAUUAUUACAUCAAAAUGCAGAUUGGCAAAUCCGCAAUAUUUCUCACUAUGUAGUAAAGUACAGUUCUUGCAGAGAAGAAACUGUUUUUCUCAGUUUGUUAGUAUUUUUGUUAUGAUAAUUAGGAUAAAUGCAGAUUGCCAUUAUUUCCAAGUUAUUCAUAUUGUGAAAAAAAGUUAGAUCCUACACAUGCAAAGGAAAUGAUAUUCAUCUAAUUUCAUGU